GUUUGCUCAGUUCCCUUUGUUUUAAUUGACAAGCUUAGGCAGUUGAAAGGAAAGGGUAGGAGGGAAUUGAUUUUAGCACACUUAUGGGCAUCUCCUCCUGUAACUCAUGUCAUUAAAAUGUCUCUUACAUAGACAUUUAUUUAUUUAUUUAUGGUUUUAGGCUUCUUUCUGCUCAAGCAAAAAUCUGGUGAGGCAAGUUAUUUUUGUUGUUGUUGUUGUUGUUUUUCUUUCUUUUUUGUUUUUCCCAAGGCAGGUUGUUUGCAGACUUUAGAGCCCAAAAAGGUGCAGCUGCUCUAAAAAUAACACAGGAUCCAAGAACUGGUUUGGGAAGGUCUGAGUCCAGAGGCAUCUCCUGAAAUGCUGCCAUUAGAGGAGAAGUUUCCCUUGUAAACAGAGCUGGCCUAAUUUCUAGAGGUGCUGAACAUCGACCUGCAGUGCUUGCUGAGACACCAUGAUUCCUGGUAACCGAAUGCUGAUGGUCAUCCUACUAUGCCAAGUCCUUCUAGGAGGUACUAACCAUGCUAGCCUAAUCCCUGAGACCGGCAGGAAGAAAGUGGCAGAGCUUCAGGGACAAGCCGGAUCCGGACGCCGCUCUGCCCAAAGCCAUGAACUCUUGCGGGGUUUCGAAACAACUCUGCUGCAGAUGUUUGGGCUCCGAAGGCGGCCUCAGCCCAGCAAGUCAGCCGUCAUUCCUAGUUACAUGCUGGAUCUCUAUCGACUCCAGUCCGGAGAAGAGGAGGAAAGCCUCCAGGAAAUUAGCCUGCAGUACCCUGAGCGAUCGACCAGCCGGGCAAACACCGUGAGGAGCUUCCACCAUGAAGAGCACCUGGAGACCGUCCCGGGUCCCAGCGAGGCGCCCCGGAUCCGCUUCGUCUUCAACCUCAGCAGCGUGCCGGAAAACGAGGUGAUCUCCUCGGCGGAGCUGCGGCUGUACCGGGAGCAGGUGGAGGAGCCGAGCGCGGCGUGGGAGAGGGGCUUCCACCGGAUAAACAUUUACGAAGUGAUGAAGCCGCUGUCGGAGCGCGCCCAGGCCAUUACGCGCCUGCUGGACACGCGGCUGGUGCACCACAACGUGACGCGCUGGGAGACCUUUGAUGUGAGCCCGGCCGUGAUCCGGUGGACCAAGGACAAGCAGCCGAACCACGGGCUGGUGAUCGAGGUCACCCACCUCCACCACGCACAGACUCAUCAGGGCAAACACGUCAGGAUUAGCCGAUCUUUACCUCAAGGGCGUGGGGACUGGGCGCAGCUCAGGCCGCUCCUGGUCACUUUUGGGCACGACGGGCGAGGCCACGCGCUGACCCGCAGAGCCCGCCGGAGCCCCAAGCACCAGCGUUCCCGCAAGAACAAAAAAAACUGCCGCCGCCAUGCCCUCUAUGUGGAUUUCAGCGACGUGGGCUGGAACGACUGGAUCGUGGCGCCCCCGGGGUACCAGGCGUUUUACUGCCACGGGGACUGCCCCUUCCCUCUGGCCGACCACCUCAACUCCACGAACCACGCCAUCGUGCAGACGCUGGUGAACUCCGUGAACUCCAGCAUUCCCAAGGCCUGCUGCGUGCCCACGGAGCUCAGCGCCAUCUCCAUGCUCUACCUGGAUGAGUAUGACAAGGUGGUCCUGAAAAACUACCAGGAGAUGGUGGUGGAGGGGUGCGGGUGCCGCUGACCCCCUUCCCCGCCGCCCUCUCCUCCCCUUCUCUCUCCCUCCCGUCCCACCCCAGAACUGCUUGCUAUAGCUGGACUCUUCUCUAAACUAAACGUUCACCUUGACCUUAUUUAUGACUUUAUGUGCAAAUGUUUUUGACAAUAAUGAUCAUAUAUUUUGACAAAAUAUAUUUAUAACUACAUAUUAAAAGAAAAAAAUAAAAUGAGUCAUUAUUUUAAA